UAUAUAUAUAUAUAAAUGCCUAUAAAAAGAACUGAUCCUUCAAAAUCAGAGCCAAACCACAUAACUGGCCAAGAGAGAAUGAAACGAAACUUCCUGCUCUUUUUCUUCAUUCUAUCAUGCAGUCUCACGGUUCCUCUUCUUGGAACUCAAACCAAAGCACUCGACAACGGAACAAUAUACAAAGUCUCCAAGCAACUCUGUUGGGGUUGUAUUGGCGAGUCACUCGAGUUCCUAUUCGCUCACAACUUGGUGAGGGCAACCAAAUGGGAGCCACUCUUGUUCUGGGAUUUCCAGCUCGAGAAAUAUGCCCGAUGGUGGGCGUCCCAAAGAAAAGCAGACUGCAAACUACAACAUUCAUUUCCAGAAGGUGACUUCAAGCUGGGAGAGAACAUAUAUUGGGGUAGUGGCUCAACGUGGAGACCGAAUGAUGCAGUGCGUGCAUGGUCCGAGGAAGAAAAAUAUUAUGACUACGUGACUAACUCGUGCCAGGAGGGACAGAUGUGCGGCCACUACACUCAAAUUGUUUGGAAAAAUACCAAAAGAAUCGGGUGUGCUCGAGUGGUUUGUGACAGCGGAGAUGUGUUCAUGACUUGUAAUUAUGAUCCCCUGGGUAACUAUAUUGGCGAAAAGCCAUAUUGAUAUGAUAUAAUAUGG